GAUCCGACCGCCGCCACUUGUCAGUUGAACAGGGAAAAAACCACCACCGUGAAAUGGUUAAAUAGACUAAAAGCGUUUCGUCAAACUGUGAUAGCCUCCAUAAUUUGUGCUCUGUGGAGGAUUAUCUAACCGUUUUGCCACUUAAAGAUUUUCUUUUCCUACCCCUUCGUGUUUCUCAUCUUAUUUUGAGCAUGUCAGUGGCGGGGUUUAAGAAGCAGCUGCACAAAGCGAGUCAGUUGUUGAGUGAGAAGAUAAGUGGUGCCGAAGGGACAAAGCUUGAUGAAGACUUCAUGGAAAUGGAGCGGAAAAUAGAAGUCACCAACAAGUCUGUGUUUGAACUUAUAACUAAGACCACGGAAUACCUCCAACCAAACCCAGCAUCAAGAGCCAAACUGGGAAUGCUUAACACCGUGUCUAAAAUCAGAGGGCAGGUGAAGACGACGGGUUAUCCUCAAACUGAAGGACUUCUAGGAGACUGCAUGCUGCGAUAUGGACGAGACCUUGGGGAGGAGUCCACUUUCGGAUCUGCGCUGGUGGACAUCGGUGAAGCCAUGAAACAGAUGGCUGAUAUUAAAGACGCUCUCGAUAUCAAUGUGAAACAGAACUUCAUUGAUCCCCUGCAGACCCUACAAGACAAAGAUCUCAAAGAGAUUGUGCAUCAUCUAAAGAAACUGGAGGGUCGACGGUUAGACUUUGACUAUAAGAAGAAGCGUCAGGGCAAGAUCCCUGAUGAAGAGAUCAAACAAGCUGUGGAGAAGUUUGAGGAAUCCAAAGAACUUGCUGAGAGGAGCAUGUUCAACUUUUUGGAGAAUGAUGUAGAGCAAGUGAGUCAGUUAUCAGCUCUGAUAGAGGCCGCGCUGGAUUACCAUCGGCAGACUUUGGAGAUCCUGGAGGACCUAAACAGCAAACUACAGAACAGCAUCUGCUCUCGCAGGAUAGCUACAGCAAGCAGUCGACCCAAGAAAGAGUUCAAGCCAAAGUCGAUCAUGUCCAGUUUGGAGACAGUUGAGAACACCCAGCACAACGGACUUUCCUACACAUCAUCAGUCAAGAGCACAGAUAUCCAAGUCAACCACACUGUAAAUGGAAAAACUGAUCAGUUCACCCACACAACACCCAAGACUCUAACAUGGCCUGAAAGCCCUAAUGGUGAUAGCGAACAGAAAGAGACACAUAUGGACCAGCCCUGCUGUCGGUCUCUCUACGACUUUGAGCCAGAGAACGAAGGAGAGCUGGGCUUCAAGGAGGGUGACAUCAUUAUCCUCACCAAUCAGAUUGAUGAGAACUGGUAUGAAGGCAUGAUUAACGGUGAAUCUGGCUUCUUUCCUAUAAACUACGUAGAGGUCCUAGUUCCCCUGCCCCAAUGAGCCAAGCCAGCAACCACUGGGUCACUGGCCACAUGCCAAACUAGACUGUCUCAACCAUUCACUCACCCGACAUCCUCUGCUGCAUUAUCACCAAUGAAAGCCUUGUGUUUCACAGACAGUUUUGAACGUUUUACUUUUCAGUAUUUAUAUCCUAGUAUGUUUCCCAGGCCUCAUGAUGCAGCAUCUUGGAUUUUUACACUGCAAAAAAUUAUUUUCUUAAUCAGUAUGUAAGGGGGUCUUUAUCCCUCGCGCGCCCCAUCAGGCUGAUUGGGGACCGGGUGUGUCUCAUUCCAGCCCGGCCCUGCCCUCCUCGGCUCUACACUCCUCCCGGCGUUGCCUCAGGCUGGGGAGCCCCCGGCAUGACAUACAUCCCCCGCCCUUCCUCUCCUUACGCCCCGACUGCCGGCGGGUCAUCCCCGCCUUCCUCGACCUGGGAGGAGACAAGAGGGGAAAAACAACAAAACAAAAUGGCGAGGGAAAGGCCAACAUGGAGCGACAGAGAGAGAGAGAGGAGAGAGAGAAAAAAGAAAUUCACCGGUUUUCUGAUGCGCCGUCGCGUGGUCCUCGAUCACUACUCCACCCUCUCAGGCGGACUGCAGCCGCUCCUCCCCGAGCGGACCGGAGUCAGACCUCCGACCCCCAGCGGACAGAACGCCCCUCCGCGUUCCCGGCGUCCCGUGGGAACACUCCUCUGCCCCUGGCAGCGGCCCUACCACCCCUGGCUACUCCGUCCCCUGUCGGACAGCAGCGGCGCUCCCCUGGGUGGACGGCAGUGUCGAGGACUCUGCGACGGGAAUCCCUCCUCCUUCCCGGGUUUCGGCACCAGUGUAAGGGAGUUUGGUGGAAAGGAGGAGGCGAGAACCGGCUUGACAACUUAAAUAAUAAUUUAAUAAACAACUUAAACAAACACACAACCAAAAACCACACAGUACAGCUGCCUGCAAUUCUCUCUCUCUCGAACUGUCGUCCCCGGCCGCCUUUAUCCCUCGCGCGCCCCAUCAGGCUGAUUGGGGACCGUGUGUGUCUCAUUCCAGCCCGGCCCCGCCCUCCUCGGCUCUACACAGUAUUUUUGCCUUAUUUUCCAGUAAAAAUAUCUAGAGGCAGGCAAAAUUAAGCUAUUAAGACUUGUUUUCAGAUAGUAUAUCUUGAAUUUAAAAGUAAACUGCAUUUUCUUACCCUAUUGGCAAAUAAUUUUUCUUGUUAAGCAUUAAUCUAAUAAAAUGUAAAACAAGAAUAAAAGUCAUUCUUAGCAACUGGGCUAAGAAAAGCAAACUUGAUACAAGAUGUUUUUCUCUGAAAACAAGUCUUAUUAUCUUACACACUUUUGAAUCAAGUAAAUUUAUCUUGCUUGUUUUAAGGAUGUCUUGAGGAUUGUUUUACUUAAGGUAUUUUUUUUUAAGAAAAUGCUUUUUUGCAGACUAAUUUCAAUGUGUGUGUUAUAUUUUUUUUUGCUUCAACGCAGCAUUCUUCCAUUUAUUUGAAAAUGUGAUGUCCACUGAGGUGUAUAUGUCUUUUCGCUGUCUCUGUAUGUUUUUGUUUUCCCACUUUAUUAUGCAGUCUUGUGUUUUUGAAACACAUUUUCUAUAAACUGUGACUAUCUUGACUGCUACUAUUAUGAAUGUCCCCUUUCUCUCUUUCUGUCUCUGUUUACGUGACUUCUUGUGAUCUAAGGUAUCAUAGAAAGUAUUGCAAGUGUUUUAAUGGGUUUCGCUUUCCCACGCCUUCAAGUGCUUAUUUUAAACUGUGGCUGUUUUGCACUAAAGCUUUAGAAUAAUACACACCCAUUGAUGUGUACCUAUUAUUUUUACGUUGUGUUUAUGUUUUUAGAAUAUUGCACUUUCUACUGUAUCUUUUUCUGCCAUGUUGAGAAAUACGGAAUUUUAUCAGUCUUAUGGAGUGGGCUUUAUGCUAUAUAUACAGUAUAUAUAUAUAUAUAUAUAUAUAUAUAUAUAUAUAUAUAUUGAUAUGAUUCAAAACUUUGAGCUGUAUGUAAUGAGAACUUUUGCUCGCCUUGUAACUGUUUGCCCUAUGUUGUGCUCUGAAUGACAUUUUACAUUUUGUAAUUUUUAAUGAAAUAUUCUCUCCUCAGUCGAAUUGUCCGGUGCUUAUCGAUUGCAUAAGAUAGAUUUCAAAUCUAUAUAGCUGGACCAACUACGUUUGAACUGACAAAAUAUGUCUUGUCUAGUGUUUGUCCACCAAAAAUAGACUGUAUUCAAGCUGUAAAGCAUUAUUUUUGUUACUCUGAGCAGUAUAUUUGUUGUGCAUGAAAUGGAACUUUGAUUGACUGUUUUUGUUUCUAUAUCGACCAGAGACUUACAAAUCUUUUCAACAUUUUAAAAUAAUUCCCUUUUGACUCGUCACCCUGUUUUAUUUGUUCCCAAUGUAUUUUUCUGGCCAAAUGUGAAGCAGUCAGAGAGCAAAAAAAAAAAAAAAAGUGUUACAUUGUCGCAAAUUACAUUUAAAGCUGCAGUGUGUGGUUUCUGCGCUGCAAAACAGAAACAGUCUUUUACAUUUUUUUUCUCUAAAAUGUAAUUAGAGCUUGCCCGCACAAAUCUCACAGCCAAAAUGGUUUCCUCAGUAAGUCGCACAACUUGAAGUUUCAUUCAUGUCUGUUUCACUCGGUGCGGGAAGUUUAAUGCUUAGGGUUAAGGGUUUGUUUGAAUGCCUAACCCUUAGUAUUAGCAAUAAUAAUACUGAUAUUAUCUUUAGCAAACACCACAAAUGACUGGUUUCAUUCCGAACUUAGCCAGGUUUCCCAAACACUCCCCGGACUUCCAUUUUUUAGCCAAAAAGGUAGUCCCACCAUAAAUUCAUGCCAUUGGUUGAGGCAGAAUUUGACAUGUUGGACAACUCAAACAUAAAGAGAACAAAAAAAUUAAAAGCGUCACAGUGUUUACAUUCUCAGGAACUCAACCUACUAAUGGCUUAUAUUUAUCUCUACACAUUAAACUGGGAUAAGAUUUUAACAUGAAAAAUUACACACAGCAGUUUUAAAAUCAAAAGGUAAAAAUAAAUUAUAGAUGAUGUUCUAAUAAACUAUAUGACCUGUUUGUUACUGCCACACAUUAGCAGGUCUCUGUCCUCAUCAGACUUCAGUAGCAGCAGGGCUGUUACACUGCACAAAAACCAGCCUGUUUGCUUAGCAGAAUUUAAUUGCAUUUCUGGAGGUGAUUGUGAAAACAAUAUAAAAAUGCUUGAAUUAAAAGUGUGGCACCUCUGUAAUCUUUGUAUCAGACUUUAGAUGUUGAAUAGCUGACUGUUCAUUUCCAACACUUACUAACUAUUUAUUUUUUUUAUUUUUUAUUUUUUGUUCUUUCAAAAUGUAUGCAAAUGGUGUACUCUACUGUUCGUCACUACAUCACUGAGUGAAAGAAAAGGCUGUGAAUCGUUUUCUUUUUGCUCUCUGGCAUACUGUAAUUAAUACACAAAAUGUGGUUUAUAGAUGUUGUAAAUGAAUAUAUUAUUACACACUGUAUAUUGCAUAAAUAAAUGAUGUGGAAAUCUUA